GUUGUAGUGCAUCCGUUUGACGGUCAAUAUCAUUACAUUAUUAGACACCGAGGAAUUCAAUUCAACAAAUACGGAGCUCAAAACAUUCCCUUCUUCUCACCGGACUCAACCACAGAACCUCCGACCACCGGCUCUCUUUUACGGCGUUGGCAUACAACCCCACUACUUUGAUUCUUCUUCCUCCUUUUCAAGUAGAUAUGAACGAGGAGCAGCAGCUUGAUCCUGUAUCUAUAGAUACCGAAGAGGAUGAAGAAAUUGAGCCACUUUCGGGCAAUCCCAUGUUUCAUGUAACUCUUUACAAAUCACACGUCAGUAGUCCAUAUCAAAUGACAAUUCCUGCAGCAAUUGCUCAUAUAUUGCCCCAUAAAACAGCCCCAGUUACCCUCACUCGUGGCAAAAAGAGUUGGGAAACAACUUAUUUCGGCAGACAUCCAACCCAUAAAAGAUUUGAAUUAAGCUCGUGGAAAGAAUUUGUUGUUGACAACAAACUCAGGGUUGGAGAUGUUUGUAUUUUUGAACGCAUGACACUUGGUGAUGAGGCUUUGAAACUCAAGGUUCAAGUUCUUCGAGGUGACUUUCCUUCUAUUUUACUAGGAAAUGACGGUACAAGUGAUAACCCCAUAGUUGUUGAGUGAAGAUUAUGAUCAAGCUUCUUUAAGGUCUUGACUUAAAUUUCUUAGCUUAGAAAGAUUUGGCUUUUGAAUAAGAAAGUAUUCCAGUACUGUAUUAUAGGCUGAAUUGGAGCAUCCAGUUCAUUGAGGUAAAGCACGUUGGCACCACCGGUCUGCGACAUAGCUUGCUACGAGUCAAUGACCUUAGCUUGGCCCGAAGAUACAUAGUAGUAGUGUAGUACUGCAAAUUUGUAAUAUGGAGUUGAUGUACUGUUAUGUAUAUUGGAUUAUGUAGAGAUUAAGGUUUUUCAAAUGAAGGGAGUGUUAUUAUCAAAAUUAGUUGAUUAUUGUGUUGGAGGCUUGGAGCUCAUUGUUGUAAAAUAUAUUUAAGCAUACUAAUGUUGUUAGCUGCUCUCUAGAAAAGUGUUGAGCAAAUUAGUGGCAGUGAACACUACUCAAGGUAAUUUGGUGUUAAUUUUUUUUUUUUAUUGUAUUUUCCAUUAUUAUUGGCAAUUUGAUGAAUUGAUCCUCAUAGGCUAAUUAUAAUAUGUAUGAGUCAUUCAGUUGAAAUUAUCCUAAGUUUUAAUUAAAAAAAAAAAAAAAAAAAAAAAAAAAAAGAAAGAAAGAUAAAUAGUUAUGUACAAAUUUUCAUAGCUAGUAAACAAGCUAAGAAUGGUCAUUCUUAUCAAUUUGUCAUCGGUUAAAACAAGUUUAAACAAAGCAAUAUUCAAAAGCGUAAUUUUAUGGUACU